GCCGAAAGAAGAAAAUGGCAGCCAUUCUGGUGGUCAGAAGUGCCGGAUUGGCAGGCCACCAGCUGAGCCCUGUAGCCGGGGUGGCAGUCCUGCAUAGCCGGGGUGUCCACAAUAACGUGAUCCCGACCGGUGCCCACGUGCCGCGGGGGAGGGGAGGGCGCUCGUCCUUCAGCGGUAUCUGUGCGACUGUGUUCGGAGGCACCGGCUUCCUGGGACGAUACGUCAUCAACAAGCUUGGUCGGGAUGGCAGUCAGAUCGUGGUUCCACACAGAUGUGACUGGUACAAGACUCUGUACAUGAGACCUAUGGGAGACCUGGGCCAGAUCGUCUUCUCUGAGCUGGACGAGAGAGACCCUGAAUCGUACAGGAAGAUGCUGCAACAUUCUAAUGUAGUCAUCAAUCUCAUCGGCAGGGACUAUGAGUCCAGAAACUUCAAGUUUGAGGAGGUAAACGUUGACUUUGCGCGUAUGAUCGGCCAGCUGUGUCAGGAGGAGGGAGUGGAGAGACUGAUCCACGUGUCGUCGCUUAAUGCAGACCCAAACAGCGAGUCUAAACUGUACAGGACAAAGUUUGAAGGAGAGCAGGCAGUGAAGGAGGUUUUCCCAGACGUGACCAUCCUGCGGCCUGCACAGAUGUUCGGCAGGGAAGACAGGUUCCUCAACUACUACGCCAAUCUGCGUACAUUUGGAGGAGUACCUCUGAUCGGCUGGGGCAAGAACACCAUACGCCAGCCGGUCUAUGUAGGAGACGUAGCCACUGCGAUUAUCAAUGCAGCCAAGGAACGAGACACAAAGGGGAAGACUUUUGAGCUCGUUGGCCCCAACAGAUACUACCUGUAUGAUAUGGUGGAGUAUAUCUACCGAGUCAUGCACCGAACUCCCGUCAUCUACCCUUACCCAAAGUUCCUGUACAUGCUUGCGGCUAGACUUGGUGAGCUGAAGUGGACCCCCUUCAUGACCAGGGACCAGGUCAUCAGGGAUCAUCACACAGACCAGACCACCCCAGGUUUACCAGGUCUGGAGGAUCUGGGCGUCACUCCCACUAGUCUGGAGGCUGGGGCCAUCUCUGUUCUCCGCCGACACCGCAUCCACAGAUGGUACGAAGAGGCAGUGGACGAUGUAGAACCCGCGAAAACAGUCUCCUGAAGAAAAAAUGCAGAUUCCUUUUUGUGUUCAAUGAAAGAUAGCUCCAUUUAAAGAUGGAAUACAUGUUUGAUGGGUUCUUUUGCGUCAAACACAAGAGUAGUCUCCUGAAAAACUGCGACUCUCUUUUUGUGCCUCUCCUGAAUAAGUGCAGAUUUCUUUUUGUGUUUAUCUUGCAUAUAAAGAUAGACUACUUGCAAUCUUUGAUGUCAAACCCUAAGGAACCCUGAAAAAUAUUUCUCCUUGUUUUAACACAUU